CGUGUGCUUAAUGUGAAUGUUCUAAUGCGACGAGAUCCAUAGAAUCUCGAUGGAUCUCUAUGUGAUAUUGAUGGAAUUCCGAAUUCUGCUAGUUUCUUUGUUGAUAAGUUUGCUGCAAAAGUGUGAUGCACAAGGUGCUGUAGCUGCACCUAUGCCUGGCGGUGGCAAGGGACAAGGCGGUGGAGCUGAAGGUGGAGGUGCGUCCCUUGUGCCCAGUGUAUGCCGCAAGGAUGCUAACGGUACAAGUUUAAGUGUUGAAAUCCGUUUGCCCUUCAUGGACAUGGAGUUGAAUCAUGAGAGUCGUGUGCACGUGCUGCAGGAUCAACAGUUGUUAUUGGUGUUGCACGGUCACGAGCUGUUCCAGUGGCACAUUGGCAGCCAGGACAAGCGGCUCGUGCGUCUGGGGCAACUGGAGGGACGCGUGCGUCAACAGUUAUCCGUGGCAGCCGCAGUUGUGCUGUGGCACGAGGAUCUCUUACUCGCGGUGGCACUCAAGGAUACACUGGAGUUCUAUCAGCUGCCUCAGGAGCAACUCUUGAAUAGCUCGCAGUGGCACUUGCAUCCCAUACAAGAGUUCAGUCUGCCAGGCCCGUUGCAACAGCUGCAUUUACUCAAGACGAAACUGGACCAGGUGGUGCUCCUCCUCGCACUCAACUCCACGCAGACUCAGAGCAAGGUCAUCACCUUCGAGUGGCUGGAGACGUACUUUAAUCCCGUGGGAGAACUCAACUUGCCCCCAAUGGAGGCCUUCCAAGUGGUUGGACGUCAACCACACUACGUUAUCACUGGACGCUCGCUGCGCAGUCAAACCGCACUUGUGCUCAGCGUUUAUGAGUUGGAGACACCUUCGCUGCGACUGCGACGCCGACAGAGUUUAACGGUUCAUGCGCGGCACGUGUUGGCGGCACGUUUUCGCGGUCGCAACCACCUGAUUGCAUGUGGCAAGAACGCCACUGCGGCAUGCCUCCUCUUUCGCAUGGUCGAUGGCAACUUCGUGGUCUACAGGAAACACAUGUUAAGGCAACUGCAUUUUGGCCAACUGAAGGCAACUGAACUUGGUCAACUGCUGAUUGGAGCUCGCGUCAAUGGCGAUGUGUUGGUCUUCAAUAGUCACCGCUUGGACUGCUAUAGUGGAUUCGGUGGCGAACCCAAUCCCAGUGGCGUCUUCACCCAUCGCAAUCCACAGAAUGAAACGUUUCUAUUGCUCGCCUAUCAGCGACAAGUCGGCACAACAUUGCUCCGCAUGGUGCAACUUGUUGCUGCCAACGAUGCAACCAACUUUGAUGGCAACGAUGAUCUGAGCAGCGUGCAGCAGCAUCGUCAUGAAUUCGAGGAGACAAUCAAUGAGCUGCGCAGCUUGUUGUUGCGUCAAAAGCAGCAAGUGGAUGCACUGCGUCGUCUCACGCAAUCCUCGCAAGAAUUUACACAGCCCAAGCAGCUGCACCUGCGACAAGGUGGAUAUGUUGAGCAGGUGCAUCUGCAGAGGAAACACCUGCAAAGCCCCACGCAGCUGAAGCAACGCAUGGAGCAACUGCAUCAACAAUAUGCCGUAAACAGGCGGCAAGUGCGCUCAUUUGGCGUUGGCAAUGACUCGACUUCAGCUGGACAGGAGUUGCUCAAAGUGAGACGCUUGCAUGUGCAGAAUCUCAUCUACAAUGGCGAACUUAUGCCAGGCUAUUAUUUGGAUACAACGAACUCACCCAUACUGACCAUCAAGGGACAACUCUCGACGAAAACACUGCACACCCAACAGUUACUUGCACCACAGGGUUACGAGCGUCCCAGUCGCUCAGUGGAGCCUUUGGAGCAGAGUGAACACCUUGUGGUGCAACAUCUGACUGUGGCACGCAUCAAUAAUGUCUCCUGGUUCGAUUUCUAUGACUCACUUUUCCUUCACUCACGCGACAAUCUCAUAGAGGGUCGUCUAAUUGUUCAAUCCCGUGCGAGGAUUGUGAAUUUGGAGACUCCUUUGCUUAACGGUCUUGUAGUGCAGCAACUGUUCAAUCUGCGGCAACCACAGAUUGUGUCGUCCAACAUAUUCAUGUCGGCAUUCUUCGUAUCCAAAUUGGAUGCCCGACUUAUAAACGGUCUUGACUUUGCCAACGAUAUCGUAUUUCGUAAUGACAAAGAGACUUUAAUCAAAUCACCCGUUCAUAUAUAUCAGAUGAGCGUGUCGGGAGAUUUGCUUGUGGCAAAUAAUACCAAGUGGAAGCGCCAGAUGAUGGCGGAGGAUAACGCCGGAACAGGACAUAGACUGCAGCAAUAUUACACCGGUAGAGUCAUACUCAAUGGCUCCUUAACAGUGAACAAUGUGAAGCGGGACACAAAUGCAACAGUCCUGCAACUGGGAGACCAAUCUCUGAGAAGGGAGACUCUACACUCGGACUAUUUGUUGCUCCAAGGGGAACAGAAUUUGACUGCACUGAUAUUUGGCAAUGCAAAGUUAACGACUCCAGUGUUGAACAGCGCUCAAAUCCAUGGACAUCCGAUAGCUGAGCAUCUACUUAAUGUGCCAGGAGAUCAGAUUAAUCAGAAGAUUGAGAAUAAGAAACCACUUCACAUAAUAUUCAUGGAUGCCAAGAUUGAGGGAGAUGUAUACUCAACAAAUUACAGCUCUCGCCUCGCCGAACUCUCCAAGGAUGCAGUGCGUCAGGGGGAGACGGCAACAAUAACGGGCUACAAGCAAUUUGAGGCGCCCCUUACUGUAGAGAAUAUCUCCAGUCGAGCUCUAAAUGGCAUAGAUGUCAGUGAUCUUGUGCUGAAGUCACAAUCCUCACAGCACUUUACAAAUCCCAAGAUUUUUGGACGCAUUGUGGUCAAGCACAAUGUGGAAAUUGUGGAUAAUUUGGUCGUUCAAGGAUUGAAUAGUUUGGCAAUGGAGCAGCUGCUGCAACCGGGAUACAGCUUGCAACGUCUGGAGUUGCCGGAGACACCGAAGUUGCAACAACUGAAUUUUCAGAGAUUUAAUGGUCAGCCCUUUGAUGAGUUGCUGGGCAAGCUCAGUGUGGGCGAAUCUCAAUCUCAGUUGCUGCUCCACAAACAGCUCAUCAUCGAGGGAAACGUAAAGUUCGAGCGGGAGUUGCAGCUGGAAACAAUCAACGAUAUUCAAUGGGAUGAUUAUACAAUGCGUCUGGUUAAUGCCAAUGCCAACACCAUGAUCAGGGGCAAGAAGAGCUUCCAGGAGCAGGUGGUGCUGACAGAUGCCCUGCAGACGCCAAGCAUUAAUGGCCUGGACCUCAGCGCGUUGCUGGACAACACGUUGUUGCGUUCCACGCCACAGUCCAUUGGUGGCAGCUACACCUUCGACCGGAUGACGGUCGGCAAUCUGGAUGUGCCGGGGAUUAAUGGCGUGCCAGCGAACAGUUUCCUGCACACACGGCAAGGGGAAUGGCGACUCGAGGGGGAUCUCUAUGUGAAUCAACUGACAAUCAAUGGCAGUCUCAACUGCAAUCUUAUCAAUGAUCCGCUGCCUCAUCUUGAUGCUCAACUUGCCACACUGCAGCAGCGUGCUUGGCCCAAGAUCUAUGUACUGGGAGAUGCACUCUGGCCGGAGGAGAAGGAGGGGGAGUACACUCGCUUGGACUAUCUGCGUCAGCAUGCGGUGCGUCGUGGUGGCGUCACACAGGUGAUAACUGGACACGUGGUACUGCAACAGCCUCAACUGGGCAGCAUUGAGACGCCUCCAAGGUUUCCGGGCAACCUCAACUUGAGUCACAUUGCCCAGGAUGCGCUGCUGCGUCGUGCCCCAUUCACCCAGCUCAUCGAAUCCCCACAAGAAAUGCUGCAAGCGGUGAGAGCUCGCACCAUAAGUCUCCACAACGAUUGCCACUUUGAGCAACUGAAUCACAUCGAUCCCAUUCGUCUGAAUGCUUCGCUCUAUCGCAUUUCCAGUCGUCUGCCAAUUGGAGGGCCACUUCGCUUCAUGCUGCCACCAAAUGUGGCACAGUUGCAAGUGCGGGGACAACUCAAUGGCGGCCAUAUUGAUGGCAUCUUUGAGCAGUCACCGGAUGUGGAAUGGCCAGCAAUCCAGAUGAGGCAGUUACAGGUGCAACAGCAACUGCAACUUAAUGAAAUCAACGGCAUGAGUCUGCAGUAUCUGCUGCAACAUCGUGUGCCACUGCGAGGCGACACCGCACUGGAGAUAUUCGGCACUCUGACCUUUGAGGAUCUGGUGCUCGGAGAGCGCGCCAUGCUGCGAACCAUCAAUGGUAUUCCCCUGCAGAAUGUUGUCUACAAGCACAGUGAGCGAUUGCAAUCGAUAUCCGGGGCCAAGACCUUUGAGAAGGGCAUCGAUCUGCUGGGUCCAGUCCACAUGAUGCAUCUCAAUGGCAAGGAUCUGACUGAUAGCUAUCAGCAGAGCAUCUUCACGGAUCGCGACUACAGCAUCGAUAGCUUGGUCCUGGAUGGAGCUGCCUUCGAAGGCGGAUUGUUGCGUGGAGAGACGCGAUUCCGAUCCAUAGGAGAAUCGCGGCAGGCGCAGUCAUCACCUGGUCAGGAGCUGCGACAGCAACUCCAGCAACUGGAGAAGCAAUUGAGGAUUAGCCAGGAGAAGCACAGCAAGCGUCUGCUCUAUUUGGACUAUGAGCAGCAUCUUUUCGAGACCAGUUGGAAUGCUGUUGCUCCAGAGGACGAUCAGGUCAGCGACCUGGAGGCUGUCAUCAUGCCGGAACAGUCGAGUAUCUGUCAGCUAAAGAAGAAGCUGCGUGCCCAGCUCUUCAGAUCCCAACAGCGUGUGUAUCUCAGCAAUGUGAGCACUGCCGAUCCUCAAAUGCGGAUCAGUUCCACAAGGGGAACAAUUCGUGUAAAGGCGCACAACAAUUGCAACAAGUCCGACAAGUUUCGCAGUCGCAUCCACAUCAAUUGUCGUGGACAGGUGCACAAUCUGGGCAUGCGUCAGCACGUGGAGGAUCUUCAGCUGCAUGAGCAACUCCGUUAUAGUCUCUUGAUGAUCAGCACCUUGGAUGAGGUGCGUGUGCUGCGUGUCAAUGACUCCAACUGCAGCCUCAGCGAUUGGCAAUCCAUUCAGCCAGCAGCAGGUCGAAUCCUGCGACUCAUCCAAGUGAAUCCCGAUACUCUGAUCCUCUUGAGCAGCGCUCUUCAUGAGCAUCUUCCAGCGGUGGCCGUGCAUCGCCUCUCAGUGGAGAAUCAACGCUUCGAGCAGCUCCAGCUCAUCGAGGGUGACUACGAUCUGGUCGAGCUGCAGGAUCAGCAACUGAUCCUUAGCUGUUAUCGCUGUCAUCGCAUUGACAUCCACAUCUACAGUUCAUUGAUGCAACGCUUCCAGCCUCUUCAGCAGCUUCGUCUCGAGGCACGCAUCCAACAAUUGCUGCCCUUCGUCGUGGGCAACGAACGUCAUCUGCUUGUGCUGACCAUGGGAGGAUCUACCAACUUCUAUCUGCUGAGCUACACCCACAUUGGGGGUUGGCAACAACGCACCUAUGGCCACAUGGGUGAGGUGCUUUGGUCCUGGCCCCUCCUCCAAUCAGGCUCGAUCCUCACAACGACAACUCCUCUCUUGCUGCUCUGCGGAGAACGUCAUUGUAGCUUGGUGAAAGCUUUGCUGGAUUAGAGUUGACAACUCCCAGCUACUUCUGUAUAUAGGCAAUUAGUUGAGGUACUCCCUCACAUCUAAAGACACUAGUAACAAAUGAAUUUGUUAUAUGUUUACUCCAUUUCGUGUGUCCAGUAAAAUCUUCUCUUAAUGAAAUACCCCAAAUGUUUAAUAUUAUGUUAUUAAUUAUUGUUAAUGUAAAAAAAUAUUGUUCAUCGAAUUUCUAACAUUU